GGAAGACUGGCGGAGGAGCCUCCCUCUCUCGGCCUUCAGGAGGGGCUGAAGGUGACUCUCCUCUCGGCUGGGAUGCAGAGGGAGCUGCUGGGGGUCCAUCCGGCCCGCUACACACGCUGCUGCUCCGGGAAUAGCGACACACUCCAGCGGGGGCUCUAAAGCGCCGACCCUGCUGCGCCGGAGCGCCUCGGCUCCUUCUUUUGCAGAGGACACAGCGGGGUUUAAGGAAAGAGGCGGGGGGAGGGGGGGUCUCUCUGUCUGUCUGCGUCUGGCUGGGCUCCGGUGGUGGGUGUGCAUGCAUGUGUUCUGCACCGUACGGGCGGAAAAAGCGCCCAAGAUCUGCGGGGAUCAUUUUUCCCAUCAGUAGAGUGGCGCAGUCGGAGCCGGAGCGCCGGGAGAGCACGGAGGGGGCCGUGGACGGCAGCAGGAUGACUGUCCAGGAAUUCAACACCCUCGUCGCGCUGUACCGGGAGCAGGUCAUAUCCGUCGGGGAGAUCUCCGCCGACUGUCCGUCCCUGCGGGCUCAGAUGCACCACACACGGUCCAAAGGAUGCUCCAUGGCCCGGGCUGCACACCAGGACCUCGCCGUCAUCUCUGUGUCAGGUCCAGAGGAUGGAGAGAUCCACCCAGAGAUCUGUCGACUCUUCAUCCAGCUGCAGUGCUGCCUGGAGAUGUUUAUAACAGAGAUGCUCAAAUCCAUGUGCCUGCUGGGGGUGCUGCAGCUGCACAGAAAAAGAACGGACUCGGAGCCGAAGGUGGACUUCAGGAUGGAUGAAAGCUCUGACAUCCCCAUCCUUGAAGACCGAUCCUCCUCCCCCAUCGACUUUCUACAGGAGCAGUGGCUGGUGGGAACCGAUAUCGAAAAUAUCGAAAGAGAUAUGCGAGAGAUGCGAAACCUACUCAGCAAACUCAGGGAUACGAUGCCAUUGCCACUGAAAAACCAAGAUGACAGCAGCUUGUUGAAUCUGACUCCACACCCACUGGUCAGACAGAGGAAGAGACGCUUCCCCGGACUCUGCUGCAUGGUGUCCGGCUGAGAGCCUGAAGGCAGCACAGUCGACUCACAAAGGAACGGAUAUUUAUUUUAUCAUAUUUUGUGAAGUAUAUUAGAUAAAAUAUUCACAAAUCCUCUUUCAUUUUAAACUUUAUUUCGUUUUUUUCUGCCUAUUAUCUGAAAUUGUAAUCUUGUCUGAUUCGGUCUCAUUUGUUGUUCGGGCUUGGAUCGAGUUUGGUUAUUUUCAGAUUAUUUAUUAAGACAUUUUUCAAGUUGAUGGUACAUUAUCAAUCUCCUGUGGAAAGAGAGAAAUAGUGAAACAAACAGUAAUGGAUAAAAGAAAAAAAAAUAAGGCUAAUUGUCUGGUUCUUUUUAAAGUGAGGCUUAUUGACAUUCUCUUUCUUUUUUCUUCUGAAUUCCGCAAUUUCCCUCCUUAACUUUCUGUUUUGUGCCAUUUUAUAUAAUGAAAGAGUAUAAAAAUGUACAUAUUCAGGCUAUGCACUGGCAUUUUUAGUUUUCAGCUGUCUCACUGUGCUUGUGUCACACCUCCAUGUUUUGAAUGUGUCGCAGUGUGAGAUGUUUUAGUCCCAACAACCUCCUGAUGUAUUUCAUCAUUCAGUAGAGACUCUUGCCAGGUGAGUCUCUACUUGGCUGUGUGGGGUGACACCUCGUAGACAAAGCAAUUCAUCUACACUGUUAAGGUGCAUGAACUUAAUUGACCCUUCCAAAGUCCCGCCCCUUUUGGAACCAAAGUCCUGUAAGUAGUUAUGCUACGUGCUAGGCAUGUCUGUGUUGAAAAGACAACCAAAUUUUGAAGAUGGUUACAAGAUACAGUGUCUAGUCACAUCAUAAGUUAGCUAAUAUUAGCCAAGCACUGGCUAACUAGCUAGUUGAAGUACAUCAACUGUUUGCUGGCUAAUUAGCUUCCGUUUUGCUAUCAUUAGUUAUCAGAUGUAACUAGCUAGCUACUGAAACAUAGAUUAGCUAGCUGGUUAGCUAGUUUCUUGCUAUGUAGUAAAACACUUGCUAACUAACCACUUAACUGGCCAGCUAAUGAUUGAUGUACAUU